CCGGCCAGUGAUGCCAGAGUGACAGCUGACGGAGGAAGGAGGGGGGGGGGGCAACCGGGACAACAAGUGACCGAAAGAAGACCCAACAAGGUGUGUUCCCUGGAAGAGGCAGGGGGGGGGGGCAGGGAGCUACACUUUCUUUGUUUUAUAAAGAAGAUUCCAAACUCCAGCUGGCUGGCAUCUGCCCCCCCUCCCCACCCCCCCACCGUCAUCUGUGAGCUGGAGCGUCCACUCGUUCUCUUUGAUGGGGGGGCCGCAGAGGAGGGCGAGGAGGAAGGAGGACGGAGGACAUUGAGACGAGGGUCACCCUCGUUGGACCGGCCCGAGACGGAUGGGAGGGGAGGACGGGUGUCUGUGGGGACAUCUGUGUCCAUGUGAGGUGGGGGCGGGCGAGGACCAGGGGAUGCUGAUAUUUUUUUUUGGGGGGGGGGGGGCAUUGACAACACAGUGAAAGUUUUCUGAAGUCUCCGUUCUGCAGCCAAAGAGAGGAAUUAUCUUUGUAUUUUUUUGCCCAAGCGGUGAGCAGCUGCUGAAGGUCUUUGAAAAAGGGAAAAAGCUGCUUUUCACAUAAAUGUGCCCCGCGGAAGGGUUCCGCCGCAAGGCAUUCUGGGACAUCUCACUUCUGAGGUAAACUCUGGUUCUAACCUGGGACAUUUAGCCAAGAGCUCAAACUGUGGACAUCAACGAUUUGUUCAUCUGCCUCCUCCUCCGCGCACCUGCUCACUUUGCUGCCCCCCCCUCUCCAUCGCUCCAUCCAUCCUGCCCCCCCCAUACACACACACACACCUCCCCCCCCACCCCCCUUCUCACCAGCGAGUGAAAAUGUGACCUUCUGCCAAAAGUGCUGGAAACCAUGCCACCAUCACAGCGGGUUCCUCUGCUGCUGCCACUGAAAUAGACUCAAACAAGUGCAGUGGGGGAGUGGAGGGUGAGAGGAAGAGGGAGGGGGGGGAGGUAAGGGAAAGAGGAGAAGAGGGCCAAAAGAAGGGGGGAGAGAAAGAAGAGGAGAGGGAGAAAAAUAACCAGCCGGAGCGGCGGACACGGGAUGAGUGAAGACGAGGCGGCGCUGGAUGAGGAUUGCCAACACAGGCAGUAGGUGACUGAGAUGGGCGUUCGUCUGGGCUGUUUGAGCGACUCCCCGUGGUGGCCGCCGCCCCCGCCCCCGCCGCUGCUGCUGCUGCUGCUGGUGCUCUGCGGCGGCCCCCACUGCUCCGGCCGGCCGUUCGGGGUCCCCGCGCCCUCCGUCAACGUGGCGGUGGUCUUCAGCGGCUCGGCCUACCAGGCGGAGAUCAAGGGGCGGCUCAGCCGGGAGAACUUCCUGGACCUGCCGCUGGAGGUGAACCCCAUCACCGUGCUGGUGAACAACACCAACCCGCGGGCGCUGCUCACCCGCAUCUGCGACACGCUGUCCGCCAACCGCGUGCAUGGCGUGGUGUUCGAGGACAACGUGGGCUCCGAGGCCGUGGCGCAGAUCUUGGACUUCAUCUCCACGCAGACGGCCGUGCCCAUCGUGGGGAUCAGCGGCGGCUCCGCCGUCGUGCUGCCGUACAAGGGCGAGGGCUCCAACUUCCUCCAGCUGGGCUCCUCCAUCGAGCAGCAGAUCAACGGCAUGUUCAAGGUGAUGGAGGAGUACAACUGGGACAGCUUCGUGGUCAUCACCAGCCUGUACCCGGGCUACGAGAGCUACGUGGACUACGUCAAGUCCUUCACGGACACCAGCUACUUCACGUGGGAGCUGCAGGACGUGCUGACCUUCGACAUGUCCGCCGACGGCAUGAACGACGUGCGGGCGCGGCGGCUGCUGCAGCAGAUCGACGCCCAGGUGCUGCUGGUCUACUGCUCCCACGAGGAGGCGCAGUACCUCUUCACCAUGGCGGCCGAGUCGCGGCUGGUGGGGCCCGGCUACAUCUGGAUCCUCCCCAGCCUGGCGGUGGGGAACCCGGACAUCCCCCCGCCCGAGAGCUUCCCCGUGGGCCUCAUCGGCAUCAUCACGGACCGCUGGAGGAUGAGCCUGCGGAAGAGGGUGCGGGACGGCGUGGCCAUCGUGGUGAAAGGCGUGCAGAGCUUCAGGAGACAGAGGGGCUUCGUUCCCGAGGGCCACAGCGACUGCCUCAACCCCAGCAGGCCGCCGGCCGCCAACGACACGCUGUUCAGGCACAUGCUGAACGUGACGUGGGAACACAACGACUUCUCCUUCAACAGCAACGGCUACCUGGUGAACCCGGCCAUGAUCAUCAUCACUCUGGACCGAGAGCGCCUGUGGGACAAGGUGGGGACCUACGAGAUGGGGAUCAUGCAGAUGAGAUACCCGGUGUGGCCGCGGUACGGCUCCUACCUGGAGCCGGUGUCGGACUACAGGCACCUGACGGUGGCCACGCUGGAGGAGAGGCCCUUCGUCAUCGUGGAGGCGGUGGACCCGCAGACCGGCACCUGCGUCAGCAACACCGUGCCCUGCCGCCGGCAGUCCAACAAGACCGAAACCAUUGUGGGUCACACCGAGCCCUACACCAAGCUGUGCUGUAAAGGCUUCUGCAUCGACAUCCUGAAGAAGUUGUCCCGCACCAUAAAGUUCUCCUACGACCUCUACCUGGUCACCAACGGCAAGCACGGCAAGCUGGUCCGAGGCAUCUGGAACGGGAUGAUCGGAGAGGUGUUCUACAAGCGGGCGGACAUGGCCAUCGGCUCGCUGACCAUAAACGAGGAGCGCUCCGAGAUCAUCGACUUCUCGGUGCCGUUCGUGGAGACGGGCAUCAGCGUGAUGGUUGCCAGGAGCAACGGCACCGUCUCGCCGUCGGCCUUCCUAGAGCCGUACAGCCCGGCGGUCUGGGUGAUGAUGUUCGUCAUGUGUCUCACCGUGGUGGCCAUCACGGUCUUCGUCUUUGAGUACUGCAGUCCGGUCGGAUACAACCGCAGUCUGGUCAGUGCCAAAGAGCCCGGGGGCCCCACCUUCACCAUCGGGAAGUCUGUGUGGCUGCUGUGGGGCAUCGUCUUCAACAACUCGGUGCCCAUCGAGAACCCGAAGGGCACCACCAGCAAGAUCAUGGUGCUGGUCUGGGCCUUCUUCGCCGUCAUCUUCCUGGCCUCCUACACGGCCAACCUGGCGGCCUUCAUGAUCCAGGAGCAGUACAUCGACACCGUCUCCGGGCUGAGCGACAAAAAGUUUCAAAAGCCGCAGGAGCAGUACCCCCCGUUCCGCUUCGGCACGGUCCCGAAUGGCAGCACGGAGCGCAACAUAAGGAGCAACUACCCCGAGAUGCACUCCCACAUGGUCAAGUACAACCAGAGGGGCGUGGAGGACGCCCUCAACAGCCUCAAAACCGGGAAACUGGAGGCCUUCAUCUACGACGCCGCCGUCCUCAACUACAUGGCGGGCAAAGACGAGGGCUGCAAGCUGGUGACCAUCGGCAGCGGGAAGGUGUUCGCCACCACUGGCUACGGCAUCGCCCUGCAGAAGGACUCGCGCUGGAAGCGACUCAUCGACCUGGCCCUGCUGCAGUUCCUGGCUGAUGGCGACACCCAGAAGCUGCAGACCGUCUGGCUCACGGGCAUCUGCCGCAACGAGAAGAAGGAGGUGAUGAGCAGCAAGCUGGACAUCGACAACAUGGCGGGGGUCUUCUACAUGCUGCUGGUCGCCAUGGGCCUCAGCCUGCUGGUGUUCGCCUGGGAGCACCUGCUCUACUGGAAGCUGCGCCACUCGGUCCGCGAGGCGGAGCGGCUGAACUUCCUCCUGGCCAUCAGCAGAGGCAUCUACAGCUGCUUCAACGGGGUGGAGCACACCGACCACAGCGGCAGCAUGCCGAGUCCCGACGUCACUGCCAACUACACACAAGCCAACAUGCUGAAGAUGCUGAAGACGGCCAAGGACAUGGUGUCCUCCGCCAGGGUGGAGAACUCUCUGGACAACGCCACCAAGACAAUAGAGAACUGGAGCAGGCGGGGGGUGGACAACGUGCGGCUCGGCCUGCCCCCCCGAGUGACGGCGGCGGACGUGACUCACGGCCGCCUGCCGUACAUCUCCAGCAUCACGGACAACCACUCGCCGUACUCUCAGAGGGCCCUGACCCCCACCUUCCCGCUGCACUACGGGGACGCCACCACCCAGCCCCUCCUGGAGAAGCCCUGCGUGGUGACCCGACCCAACGCGCUCCGCUACACGCUGCCCGCCCGCAACGCGCACCACCUCAUGGAGCGGACCCUCCCCAUCUCCAGCCUGAGCAGUCCUCACAUCGCCAUGCGGGACCCGUCCCCCUCCGCCGCGUCCAACCCCCACCACGCCGGCAGGCUGUACGUGGAGAACCCGGCCCGGCGCCCAACGUCCCCGUUCGCUCCCUACAGGGAGUUCCAGGUGCCCGACAUCUACGUGGAGCACAAGGGGCCCCUGAGGAGGAAGUUCAGCUACCCGCCGGACUGCGUCAGCCGGAGGAGGCGGUCCCACGGCUACACGUUCGACGCCGCCGACCCCCGAGCCAGAGGCGACUACGACGAACCGCGGCCCUGCCUCGCCGAGUUGAGGGCCAACCACCUCCUGAGCAACCACGCCCCCGUCGGCGCCGCCAGGGCGUGCGCUCCGGGACACUACGCCGGGGGCAGCGCCAGCUGCAACUCCUGCAUGAAGUCCUACCUGGAGCCCGAGAUGGACGACAUGCCGCUGCUGGGGAAGGACAAGCUCAACCGCCGCGCCUCCUUCCUCAAGGCCACGUGGGGCAACGACAGGAUCCAUCAGGUGGACGAAACAAAGGCCUCCACCUCCGCGUCCUCCGCCCGCGUGGACAUGCCUGACCUGUUUCCUCGGGUGGUGGUGGCCAACCCGAAGCCCAACAAGCUAUACGGCAGCCUGGGACACAACCUGUCCUGCUACCCGCUGGCUGCAGAGCCUGCGUACUUGGACCCGGCCCACAUGGGCUCCUACCCUUACAAGCAGAAGCUCAAGUACACCGAGUCCACCAGGCUGCCCUCUUACAGGGAGGCCAUCCUGCAGAACGCCGCCGCCCUGCGCCGCUCCUCCUCCACGGUGGUGCACAGACACUACUCCACCUACCUGAACUCGUACACAGACUUGCCGGUGUACGUGGGGCCGCUGGCCCAGAGACCCGCCCAGUUCUACGACGGCUCCAAGGACGUGUGCCACUUGUUCCCCUGCGCCAGCCACUGCCCGGGUAACGCGGCGAUGCUGCCCCGCAUGGGGGACCGGCAGGUGGUUUACCACAACAACAUGUUCGGGGCCUGCGACGCCACGGGGAAGAGGGAGGAGCCGGGCUCCGGGGGCCGAGAGCGGAGGCAGGUGUUGGUGGCGCGCAGAGUCAACAGCCCCUACGUGCCAAAGCCCUGGGGCAGGGUGUCCAGCCUGGAGUCCGAGGUCUGAGCCUCCGUCCUGACUGGACCUCCACCAGCCUCUCAAACUGGGGGGGGGGGGGGGG